GUGCCGGCAGUUUGACCAAAGUGGGAAGGAGAAGAUUUCGUUUCAAAAUGGGCCAAGGACAUGUUUUUCAAAAACCUGAUCAUUUCCUGUCUUUUAGAAGCCUCCUCGGCGUACACAUUUCACACCUACGACAGAAACAGGAACCAUUUAGGACUGCAUUUAUGCAGCCAAGCUGUAAACUUCAAAAGCUGAAGGAAAAUCAAGGGGCCUCUUCUUGAUUGGAUGCUGAUAGUCACAAUGAUGUUGCUCUCCGGUGGGCUCAGUCAAAGCUUGCUUUCUACAAAAAGAAGUUCUAAUUUUGCUUCUGUUUUUUUUUUUUUUUUUUUUGUGCUAUCUAUUCAAUUGUAACGGAACAUCAUGAAAUUGAAGAAUUGGAUAAAUAAGUGGGAAUUUGCCUUUCAAGGGAGGUUGUGGAGAAUGAUGAAGUGCAUCUGGUCAGGGCAACAAUUGGGAGUUUCAGAAAGUGUUCGUUCAUCUGAAUCCCUGGCAACUCGAGACUAUUCAGCAAGUGGAUAUUCUUCUACUAGAGCUUGGGAGGUUGGGGAAACCAAGGUAGAUAAUAGCAACAUUGAAGAAGCUGAGUCAUCUCUUAGAGAAAGUGGCUACCUGAACUAUGAGGAAGCAAGAGCAUUGUUAGGAAGACUUGAGUAUCAAAAAGGAAAUGUAGAAGCUGCUAUUCAUGUAUUUGAAGGAAUAGAUCUUGCUGCUGUGACUUCCAAGAUGAAAAUCUCCCUUUCUAGAAGAUAUGAACAAAAUUGUCAUUGUUCACAAAGUGAUGGUCCUCCUCCCAUGUCUUUGCACGCUAUUAGUUUACUCCUUGAAGCUGUUUUCCUGAAAGCAAAGUCAUUGCAAAAGCUUGGACGGUUUGUAGAAGCUGCUCAAUCAUGUAAGGUUGUCUUGGACACUGUUGAAUCUGCAUUGCCAGAGGGGCUGCCAGAAGACUUCUCCACUGAUUGUAAAUUACAAGAAAUUCUAAACAAAGCUGUGGAAUUGCUUCCAGAGUUGUGGAAACUUUCUGGGGAUCCCCAACAAGCUAUCAUGUCAUACCGGCAGGCUCUCCUCUAUCACUGGAAUCUUGAUAUGGAAACCAAAUCAAAUAUUGAAAAGGAAUUUGCAAUUUUACUUCUGUACAGUGGUACUGAUGCAAGCCCUCCUAAUCUCCAUUCACAAUUGGAAGGCUCCCUUGUGCCAAGAAACAACAUAGAAGAGGCUAUUCUUCUGUUACUAAUUCUACUAAGAAAAUUUAUUCUUAAAAAGAUUGGCUGGGAUCCAUCCAUCCUGGAUCAUCUUUCUUUUGCCCUAUGUGUUUCUGGGGAACUGAAUACCCUAGCACAACAGGUUGAAGAGUUGCUUCCAGGGAUCAUGGAAAGAAAAGAAAGAUUUGGCAGUCUAGCUCUUUGUUACUAUGGGGAGGGUGAGGCCAUCAUUGCUUUAAAUCUUCUGCGCAAUUUGUUGAAUGACAGAGAGAUUCCAGAUUGCAUCUUAGAAUUGUUGCUGGCUUCUAAAAUUUGUGGGGAGAAUAUGAUUUGCAUUCAAGAAGGCAUCAAUUGGGCACACAAGGCACUUUCUGAAUUUCAUGGGAGAUGUGGUUAUAUGGUAAGCAAAGCAAACUGCUUACUGGGUGUCCUGUUGUCUGCUCAAGCUAGAUUGGCUUCAUCCAAUUUUGAGAGUGGUUUGAAGCAGUCUGAAGCUUUGGAUCUUGCACUUUAUUAUGCAAAGCAGCUGUUGAAACUUGAAGCCGGGUCUAGUGUUAAAGGCUACCUUCUUUUGGCUCGAGUGCUAUCAGCACAAAAACAGUUUAUUGAUGCAGAGGCAAUAAUUAAUGCUGCUCUAGACCAAACUGGGAAAUGGGACCAAGUAGAAGUGCUGCGAACAAAAGCUAAACUUCAGAUAGCACAGGGCCAAUUAAAGAAUGCCAUAGAGACAUAUACCAAUCUUCUUGCUGUUCUCCAAGUUCAGAAUAAAAGCUUAGGUGCUGGGAAAAAUUUUGUAAAGACUAAGGUAAACCAGAAUAGAAGCUUGGAAAUGGAAACAUGGCAUGAUCUAGCUAAUAUGUAUUCCAGCUUGUCUCAAUGGUGGGAUGCUGACGUCUGUCUUUCAAAGUCCAAGGCUAUCAGUCCUCAUUCUGCUUCAAGAUGGCACUCUGCAGGUUUACUAUUUGAGUCUAAGGGGCUCCACCAAGAAGCCUUGAGAUCAUACAGGAAUGCAUUAGAUGUUGAGUCAACACACGUGCCAAGUUUGAUCUCUACUGCUUGUGUCCUCAGCCAACUCGGCGGUCAGUCACUGCCAAUAGUGAGGAGCUUUCUCAUAGAUGCACUUCGGCUUGACCGAACAAACCCCUCGGCCUGGUACAAUCUAGGGCUUGUUUACAAAGCUGAUGCUGGUGCAUCAGCAGUAGAAGCUGCUGAAUGCUUUCAGGCUGCUGCUUUUCUUGAAGAAACUUCUCCUAUUGAACCCUUCAGAUGAGCACUUUUUUCUACCAUAACCCAUCUAAGAACCACUGAAUGUAAAUUGUUUCUUGGUUGAGCAAUUUAUACAUGAUUUGGAAAAUUGAAGAAGAAUAUAGAAAAAGAGAUCAUCUGCAAUUAACCGUAUUCCCAAUG